UUUUUUCAUUGACCACCUAAAGCCGAGGCAAUUAUUGCCUUCGUGUCAAUCCGACCAUUCUUCUUGUUCCAAUCCCCGUGCCUGCGACAGGUCCGUGGUGCUGCCUCGCUCUCCCGUGUUUGAUCGGACGGGUCCCCCGAAAAAAGGCAAAAAGUUCUCGCUCGAAUGUCGCUCUUCGGUACCGUCGGCGCUGCGUCGACAUCGGCAGGCCAAACAAACACCACCGGCGAUAUAUCCAAAGAUGUCGCUCUCGCCUCACCUCCGGAGGACAGUAUCUCGGACCUUCAAUUCUCUCCCGCCACCGACCAUCUAGCCGUGGCCUCGUGGGACAAGAAAGUUCGCAUCUAUGAAAUCAACGAACAAGGUCAAAGCGAAGGCAAGGCUCUUUUCGACCACGAAGCCCCGGUUUUGAACUGUUGUUGGGCCCCGGACGGAACCAAAGUGAUUGGGGCCGGCGCCGAUAAAGCUGCUCGCAUGCUCGAUCUUGCCUCAAAUAGCACGACGGCCGUUCAAGUGGCUGCCCACGAUGCUCCGAUCAAAUGCUGUCAGAUGAUUCCCAACCCGAAUGGAAACGGCCCCCUUCUCGUCACCGGGUCAUGGGAUAAAACGAUCAAGUAUUGGGAUGUCCGAAGCUCAAACCCCAUUGCCACGGUGGAGUGUCAAGAGCGCGUCUACACCAUGGACGUGAAGAACAAGCUGCUGGUUGUCGGCACGGCUGAUCGCUACAUCAACAUCAUCAACCUGGACAACCCCACCAAAUUCUACAAAACCAUGCAGUCGCCUCUGAAGUGGCAGACGCGCGUGGUCAGCUGCUUUACCGACGCCACCGGAUUCGCGGUCGGUAGUAUUGAAGGCCGCUGUGCCAUCCAGUACGUCGAGGAGAAAGACUCCAGCUCCAACUUCAGCUUCAAGUGCCACCGCGAGACCCCCCCAAACCAGCGAGACAUCAACAACAUCUAUUCCGUCAAUUCGAUUUCAUUCCACCCGGUCCACGGUACGUUCAGUACGGCAGGCAGUGACGGCACCUUCCACUUCUGGGACAAAGACGCCAAACAUCGCCUGAAGGGCUACCCUUCCGUCGGGGGACAAAUCUCCAGCACGGCCUUCAACCGCACCGGCACCAUCUUUGCCUACGCCGUGAGUUACGACUGGAGCAAGGGUUACUCGGCCAAUACCCAGCAGCUUCCGAACAAGGUGAUGCUGCAUCCGGUGGCGCAGGAAGAAGUAAAACCUCGGCCUGCCGCUAGGAAAAGGUAAUGAGAGAGCACGGAGCAUCUAAAAUGGGGCGUCGCUUGGGGUUCGGGGUGCCUGGGGCCAACUUGUUUUAAGUCGAUACCAAAUAUCAAUUAUGUCGAAUCCAGAGUCCUCAUUUGACGGUGCUUUUCGAUCAAUGAUCGAUCAUCCAAAUGGUCCUGGUCACGUUGGAUUGAUUUCUUUGCAUUGUUAUUAUCAUUUCUUUUCCUUUUCCUUCCCCGGGAAUGUCUCUUAAAACACCCUUGGGAAUGCAUAUGAGCGAAUAAUUUCUGGUGGGACAUUUCUACGUGCCCUUUUUUUUUUUUGUCAAUUUUUACGAUCUCCCCAUAAAUCCCGGAAGGAAGUGCCGGUCAAUCUCUUAUGUUUGUAGUCAGGUUUUAUAUUCCAUAGACAAAGAGUAACAAUCAAAUCAACCGU